AUGCAUGGGAAGCUAUGGUAUGGGCUAAUGGCCCUUGCUACCUUGGGCAGUCCUGCCCUGGCAAACCCUCUUUUACAUGGGCUUGGCCACAAAAACACAAGCAUUAACCUGAACCAUCUGAUGGCCAGGAACACAGAUAAGUUUGACCCAGCAGACCUCUCCUAUAUCACAAGAUUGGCUGCUAUUGGCGACUCUUACUUGGCUGGAAUUGGGGCUGGUGAUAUGCUGGACAGUGAAGCUGGCAAGUCACUAUCCUUUCUUAUAUUGAACAGGGUUUUUCAGCAACCUUGGAAUGAAUACUGCAGUUGCUAUAAUUACUCAUACCCUUAUCUGAUCCACACAAAUGAACAGCUUGACCUCAUGUACUACUCGCUGUCUGCAGUCGCUCAUGGAAGCAAGAGCCACGCCGUCGAAGAUGCCAUAAAUUUCGACAGACAAGGAGGCAUCAGUACUCUUGUUUGGUAUUGGUACGCCCCAACAUGUCUUCUCGACAGUGAGGAGCAGCCAUGGUAUAGCGGUUUUUACACUGAAGCAACCUGUUUCAAUAUUGCAAACACCCUUAGCCACAGCAGGAAUAGGACAGAUUAUGGACUCCUUAUUCAGGAUAUAGAUGUUAUUGCUGCCCAGCUCAAGCGCCUAUCAGACGCAAACAUCCCAUUCUGGUGGAGAGCACAUGGCCCGGCUGCUUUCAAGCAACUCUGGGACCUUAUUUACAACCAUAUCACUUGUGUUCAUGAUAUUCACAACCUUGUUUGGGUUUGCAAUACUGCAGAUCCGAGCUGGUACCCUGGGAACAACAAGUGCGAUAUCACUACCGUCGACCACUAUGCAGAAGCCGGUGACCAUGGUGUCCUUAAGGGCAAAUUCGAGGGCUUGAAAAACAUUACUAGAGGCGAAAGAGUUCUCGCGCUGGCUGAAGUUGGCUCUAUACCAGAUCCAGAACUCCAGGCUAAGGAGAAUGUCCCCUGGGCCUACUGGAUGACCUGGAACGAUGAAUUCAUCAAGGAUGGGAAAAAAACUCUCUGA